UUCCUUAUCCACCCUUCCCCCCUCCUGAGCUGAGGCGGCCAUUAUUCAGCUGCAGCAAAGCAAACCAGUGCUGUGCUGCUCCUCGAAUCGAAUCCCUCCCUCCCUCAGGCCUCACAACAACAUUUCAUCGGUCAACUAGACUAGAUAGCUGCCUCUACGAGACUAGCUAGCUAGAAGCAGAUGCAGAUGCCACCAACCCAUCCGCCUCCGCCUUCUUUUCCUUCCUCUUGCAGAUGCAGAUGUUGCUGCCUCCAGCAGAUGCACGUCACCAAAAACCGACCCCUGGCCACUUCUGAUGCAUUCAGUGUUAGUGCCGACUAUGCAAAGAAGGAGGGAGGGCGUCGUCGUCGUGUGCUUGCUCCACCACCAUCUGCCCUGCCCGAGCCCCAGGCUGCUGCGGCGUCAGUGCUCGUCGCCGGGAUAGUCGGAGUCGCCGCCACCCUCCUGCUUCGCUCUUCGUCCUCGCAGCAGCUGCAGCAGCAACAAGACGAAGAAGCAAAAGAGGACGUCGCCGAAGGAGAGGAGUGCAGGGACUGCGGCGGGACGGGGCUGUGCGGUCGCUGCAAAGGGGAGGGCUUCGUCUUCAAGCAGCUCUCCGAGGAGACAGCCACCAAAGCACGCAGGACCGCCAAGAACAUGGCCACCAGAUACACCGCAGGGCUGCCGACCAAGUGGACGUACUGCAACAAAUGCUCCUCCACCCGCUCCUGCACAACCUGCGGAGGCUCCGGCAGAAUAGGAGCAACCAUCACCACCACCUAACUUAUCUUUCCUGUCUCCAUGCUGGUUGGAGCUAAGUUAAUUAUUAAUUAUCUAUGUUUUUCCAUAUAUAGUGUUCACAUAUUGAUCCAGCGAUAGAUCUUUAUCAUCGCCUUGUUACUGAACUAGCAACCACAUAUGUAUCUGCGGAAUCAAGAAUAUUGUAAUGAGAGCCAAAAAUUUAUAUA